AUGACUAAACUUGCUAUUCCCAUAGAACUGUCACCUCCCUCUAAAUGGGUGGGAUUCGAUGAGGCGCGCACCUUCCCAGAGACGACAACCUUGAGUGUCCACACUCAUUUGUUGGAUAUUCGUGGAGGAAACUACGAUGUGAUGAAUGAUGCGGGAGAAGUCAUACUUCGAGGCAAAUGUCAAUUCGCAAGUACCAUAUUAGGUGUAGAUUGCACUUUGACAGAUGCCAAGGGUGACUUCUUAUUCAAGAUGGACGACAGGGAGGCAGAUGGUCAUCUUAAAGGUUACGAUCAAAAGGAUAAUGAGAUUUUCUGGCUCGCCAGGACUGUCUUGUUCAAGGUGAAACCUUUGAUCAAGGUGAAAUCUGAUUCUUGCACCAUCGAAUGGCACGUAGCUAUCGCACAGCACCCGGAGGGCCCACAAGGACUGUCUUUGGUUUUUGAUAAUCCCGCUAAUCCAGUCGAUAUGGGAAUGUCGGGAACCCACCAAGGCCUUGAACUCGUCCUGAUCGGAAACGAAUAUGAUCCAUUGCAUCGGGACAAUUGGAGAGGCGAGAGCUAUAUCAGGACCAAUAAUGAAGUCAUAGGAUGGGUAUCUUCAAAACCAUUCCUAGCUCAAGAAAGGACUGUAGUCAUUACAAAGAAUGUAGACUAUACCCUAGUGUUAGCUUUGGUCAUCGCUGUCGAUGUCAUGCAUCCAGUGAUUAGAUAA